CCCACGGCCACUGGUCAGAGGUGGCGUGCGAGCAGGCAGCGGGUCCAUGACGCCAGCCAGGCUUGGGGGCCGAGGGCCAGCCCAGUCACACUGGGCCUCCGGGGGACCUCGGGGGCCGUGAGCACUCAGAGAGAGCUUCCCAGGCCCCUUUGGGGACCUGGGCCAGUCCUGAAGAUGCCCACCAAUGGCCUGCACCAGGUGUUGAAGAUCCAGUUUGGCCUUGUCAAUGACGCUGACCGCUACCUGACAGCGGAGAGCUUUGGCUUCAAGGUCAACGCCUCGGCACCCAGCCUCAAGAGGAAGCAGAUGUGGGUGCUGGAGCCUGACCCAGGGCAGGGCACUGCCGUGCUGUUCCGCAGCAGCCACCUGGGCCGCUACCUGUCGGCCGAGGAGGACGGUCGCGUGGCCUGCGAGGCAGAGCAACCGAGCCGAGACUGCCGCUUCCUGGUCCUGCCACAGCCGGACGGGCGCUGGGUACUGCAGUCGGAGCCGCACGGCCGCUUCUUCGGGGGCACCGAAGACCAGCUGUCGUGCUUUGCCACGGCCAUCUCCCCGGCCGAGCUGUGGACCGUGCACCUGGCCAUCCACCCGCAAGCUCACCUGCGGAGCGUGAGCCGGCGGCGCUACGCGCACCUGUGCCCACAGGAGGACGAGAUCGCGGCAGACAGCAACACGCCGUGGGGCGUGGACGCGCUCAUCACCCUCAUCUUCCAGAACCGGCAGUACUGCCUCAAGUCCUGCGACAGCCGCUACCUGCGCAGCGACGGCCGCCUCGUCUGGGAGCCUGAGGCCCGCGCACGCUACACGCUCGAGUUCAAGGCAGGCAAGCUGGCCUUCAAGGACUGCGAUGGCCGAUACCUGGCGCCUGUGGGGCCCGCUGGCACGCUCAGGGCUGGACGCAACACACGGCCCGGCAAGGACGAGCUUUUCGACUUGGAGGAGAGUCCCCCGCAGGUGGUGCUAGUGGCUGCCAACCACCGCUAUGUGUCUGUGAGGCAAGGGGUCAACGUCUCAGCCAACCAAGAUGAAGAACUGGAUCAUGAGACCUUCCUGAUGCAAAUUGACCAAGAGACAAAGAAGUGCACCUUCUAUUCUAGCACUGGGGGCUACUGGACCCUGGUCACCCACGGGGGCAUCCAGGCCACAGCCACACAAGUUUCUGCCAACACCAUGUUUGAGAUGGAGUGGCGUGGCCGGCGGGUGGCCCUCAAGGCCAGUAACGGACGCUAUGUGUGCAUGAAGAAGAAUGGGCAGCUGGCGGCCAUCAGUGAUUUUGUGGCCCCGGGUAUGCCCCCACGCCCUACCGCCCCUCAGCCCGCUCUCCCACCAGGCGAGGACGAGGAGUUCAUCCUCAAGCUGAUCAACCGGCCCAUCCUCGUGCUGCGCGGCCUGGACGGCUUCGUCUGCCAGCGCCGCGGCUCCAACCAGCUGGACACCAACCGCUCCGUCUACGACGUCUUCCACCUGAGCUUCAGCGAUGGCGCCUACCAGAUCCGAGGCCGCGGCGGCGGGUUCUGGCACACCGGCAGCCACGGCAGCGUGUGCAGCGACGGCCAGCGCGCCGAGGACUUCCUCUUCGAGUUCCGUGAGCGCGGCCGCCUGGCCAUCCGCACCCGGAGCGGCAAGUAUCUGCGCGGCGGCGCCUCGGGGCUGCUGCGCGCGGACGCGGACGCGCCGGCGGGGGUCGCGCUCUGGGAGUACUGAGCACCGGGCCCGCCUGUCCCCCAUUAAACCGUGUCAGUGACGCAGCGGCUCGAUGGCACCGAUCGGAGCGGGGCAGGGUGUGUGCGGAGGGUCUGCAUCUCCGGCCACAGGCCGGGCCUCUUCUGCCCUAGAGUUCCUGUGGUGGUCAACCUCUCCAUCCUCAUGCCCGGAAAAUCAAGGAGGGGGGCUUGUCUGGGGGAAGGGUUGAGCCAAUUGAGUGCUCCCCUCCCCCAAUCCUGGACAGCCACAGCCCUGAGCCGCCUCUUGUUCUGCCCUGCACUCCCCUUUCCGGGCCCCCCCCCCCAUGCCUUGCCAUACACCUCCUCCCCAAAACCGAGGGAGAAGACCCCUGCUCCACUCAGCGGGACCAGGAGUUAGGUGGGACAGCUAGAAGCCCGGUCUGUGGCCCUGGCAAGUCAGGCCUGUUAGAGGGUCUUUGGGGGGAGCACGUCUCCGUGGAGCAUCUCACUGCUCUCUUUCCCAGGAACAGAGUCCUAGAGGAUCUGGGAAACACCUGAUGGAGAAGUG